AUGCUAAGUCUGUCACGGUUACUCAUCAAAAUGAAGAGAAAGAUAGAUUUGGUUGAAGAAGAACACGAGAGUGAACAUGAAGAAAGCGAAAGUUCUGUUGAUGAAAGCGAGGAUGAAGAACCGAGAAUAAAAGAAGAACCAAGAAUAAAAGAUGUUUUGAGUCAUCUUUCCCGUGCAGUGCCGGAAAAGCGUACUUCUGAUUUGCUGCAUAGUAUGGCUGCGUCCAAAGAUAUUCUUUUCUGGACUCCCAGUGGACAAUUACGUCGAAAUAAACGCACUAUUCCCGUCACAAACAUCGCUGAGCUAGUUGAGUAUGUGUUACUCCCUCAUAACAAUGAGGUUACCAAGCCUCGUACGCUGAAUACGUUUCUAGAUGGACUUGCAGAGUUAGGAAUCGAUUAA